AUGAUGACAUACACGGAAGGUGCGCCUCGAGAGGCAAGAAGCACUACUUCCCAAGCACCUUUCCAGAUCCAACAUGACGAGGCAGAUGGCGACACAUUAGCAGAUCGAUAUCAAGUGCUAGAAGAACUGGGUAGUGGCUCGUUCGGUGUCGUCUAUAAAGCCAUUGAAAAGGCCACCGGUGAAAUCGUCGCCAUCAAGCAUGUCGAUCUGGAAUCAUCUGAAGAAGACCUCUCCGACAUCCUCUCCGAGCUCUCGGUCCUCUCCUCCUGCGCCAGUCCCCACGUCACCAAAUACCGUCUCGCCUUUCUGCGGCGGCAGACUUUAUGGAUAGUGAUGGAAUACUUGGGAGGCGGAUCAUGCGCAGACUUACUCAAACCUCCUCCUCAUUGCCUAUCCGAAAGCCACAUUGCCAUUAUCUGCCGAGAGCUUUUACUUGGCCUUUCAUACUUGCACGGAGAAGGCAAAUUGCAUCGAGACAUCAAAGCUGCAAACGUCUUACUGGGUAUGGACGGUAGGGUCAAACUCGCUGACUUUGGUGUGGCCGCACAAUUAGUCGGUUUGAAGAGUGUGAGAAACACCUUCGUCGGGACACCUUUCUGGAUGGCGCCGGAGGUUAUUCAACAAGAAGGUCACGAUGCUAAAGCCGACGUAUGGAGCCUGGGGAUAACCGCUAUGGAACUAGCAAAUGGCGAGCCUCCACAUGCCAAUGUUCAUCCUAUGAAGGUCCUUUUCUUGAUUCCCAAACAAUCCGCUCCGAGACUGGAAGGGUCUCAAUGGUCGAGAGAGUUCCGCGACUUCGUUGCGACUUGCUUGACGAAAGAUGCGGACAAAAGGAGCAGCGCCAAAGAGCUCCUGAAGCACCGCUUUAUUCGGUCUGCUGGUAAGAUCGAAGGACUUCAAGAAUUGAUUGCUAGAAAGCAAGACUGGGAAGCUGGCAAAGGUGGCGAACGGAAUUUGAAAUAUUAUGCCGAAACCCUCAGAAACUUGCCAAGCAUAAGACACGAUGAUGACUGGGUAUUCGAGACUGUAAAAGCAGUACCAGCAGUUGAUUACAGAAGUGUACAAACACAGAAGAGAAAGAGACCCAGCAUUGAUGUGCAGGGUAAUCACUCCGAAGGUAAUCCUGCACAAAUGAUGCAAAACCUAGCACUUGAUCAUGAUCGACACCCUGAACACAGUCCAACCACGUCAACGAUGCGAAAAAUUUCCGAAUCUAAACGUGAACAGUUGGCAUCAGGCGAGCAAUCUUCCGUCAAACAAACAGCAAAGAAGAGAGUAUCCAGUGCUCAAAAUCGGAAUCCAUUGGGUGUCAAUAUGUCUUUUGGUAACAGCCCCAGCACUGUACGUCAAUUUAGAAGAGUAUCACCAAGUGCUUUGGUUGAUACCAACGAAGAAAAUGAGGACCCUUGUUCUAAGAGUUCCUCUCGCUUCUCUUCCACGGCAACCACUAUUGCCCCUGAGUCGAAAGAAGCAAAUCUUGGCCGAAAGUUGUAUGCCAACGCAAUCGGAAUAUCUUGUCAAGAUGUUUUGAAUGAUACCGCAGAUGAAGUAAAGCGUGAGGCCGUUGCUCGAUUAGCAGAGGCAUUCUCAGAUCUCGAAAAUGUUGACCCUGAUGGAGUGUACCACAUCAUGAGCUCUAUCAUCAAGAAUAUGAGAGGGGAUGGUGACCUGAAGAAAAUGUUGCCUUCAAAGCAUACGCCAACUAAAGGCAAUGUUGGUGCAAAACUACUCCUUGCACAGAACAAUCCACAUUUGAAGUCUCACCGACGGCGACAAUCAGCUCAAGCAGCAAUGGACAGAUCGAGGGAUUCGAGUCAGAAAAAAAGAUCUGCAGCAAAUGAAGACGCUGAGCUGGAGAAAGAAAUCACCAACGGAUUCAAAAGCGGCUUGGAUCAUAAUCGACAACUUGCGGAUGUCUUAUUUGAGAGAUGGUGCGAGGGUCUCAGAAUGAGAUGGCCUGCUGUGUGA